AUGUCGGCCCCAAGAUCAGGCCGCCAGUCCCCUCCUCCGUCGAGACAGAGUGGACGCCAGCAAUCUGAUAUUCCAACAUGGUCUGGCAAGGCCGAAGAGUCAAGCCAUGGAACGUCUUCGAUCGAUAAUCCAUCUGAUCCACACGGCCAUGAUGCCGGCGUGGCGGGACUGGAAAGCAACCCGGUCCAUCCACUUGCAGAGACAUCCCAGCUGAAGCACAGGAGACUCAGUGACGACUUUAAGGGGCUGGGGUUUUCGGGUUAUUAG